AUGGUGUGCAGGUCACAUCAGAAGCUAGAAUAUUGGAAGAUGGAGUUUGUAUCUACAAUCAGUGGUCCUAUUGUUGAAUCAUUAAUGGUUCCUAUGAAGAAACAGUUGGGAUAUCUCUUUUCCUCCACAAAACAUGUUAGGAACAUGAAUACUAAAAUGAAGCAGCUGGAUUUUACAAGUAGUGAUGUCAAAAAGCACAUGGACGCAGACAAUAGAAGUUAUCUGGAGAUACCUACUCGUGUACCGGGUUGGUUGGAAGAGGUUGAAAAGAUUAAAAUAGAGGCUCAAAUCAUUUCAAGCACCGGGAAUGGAUGUUUCAACAUGAAAAUUAGGUAUCGAGCAGGUAGGAAUGCAUUCAAGAUUAAGGAGGAGAUGGAAAGUCUUAUGGAUGAAAAUAGUAAGAUAAUUUGGACAGAUGCUCCAAAACCUCUUGGGAAAGUGAACUCGAAAAUCGCAUCCAGUUUUGCACCUUCGGAUGGUGAUGCCCAAAAUCACUUCAAAUCAAGAGAGAAGACUUUCAAGGAUACGCUUGGGUUCCUUCAACGAAAUCACAAGAUCCAAAUGAUAGCCAUAUGUGGUAUGGGUGGUGUGGGAAGAACCAUGAUGAUGGAACAACUGAAAAAGACUGCAGGAGAUACAAAAAUGUUUGAUUAUGUUCUGAAGGUGGUUAUUGGGCAACAGAUAAACAUGUUUUCUAUUCAGCAAGCUUUGGCUGAAUACAUAAGUCUACCUCUAACUGAAAUGAAUACAACAACAAGGGCAGAACGUCUUCGUAUAUCAUUUACGAACAUGGCAGAAAGAGAACAAAAGGUUUUGGUGAUAUUGGAUGAUGUAUGGGAGAUGAUUAAACUCAAUGAUAUUGGACUUAAUCCUUUGCCUAACGGCUUCAAGUUGUUGCUGACAUCACGGUAUGAAAAAAUUUGCACAGAAAUUGCAGCAGGUUAUUCAGAUUUGAAAAUAGUUAGAGUGGAAGUGAUGGAGGAACCCGAAGCACAGAACUUCUUUUGGAAAAUUACAGGUGCUUUAAAACAACAUGAUAAGGAGCUCAAUAAAAUAAGAACAAAGAUUGUGAGAAGAUGUGGGUUUUUGCCCCUUGCCAUUAAUCUCAUUGCCAUUCGUCUUAAGUUUGAAGAAAAGGUUGCAUGGAGAGAUACACUCCGCCGUUUGGAGAAUAAAAAUCUUGAUUAUGUGCAAGAAAGUAUUAAGAUAAGCUACGACUAUAUAAAAGAAGAGGAUGAAAAACAUAUUUUUCUUCUUUGUGGCUUGUUUCCCGAUGACUUUAAUAUUCCAAUCGAGGAACUCACAAGAUAUGCAUGGGGCCUACGGCUGUUAAAUGGAGUUUCUACUUUUGGAGAGGCUAGAGACAGGACAGACACGUGUGUGCAGAGUCUCAAAAAAGCAAAUUUGUUGAUGGAUAGCGAUUACAUUGGGUGUGUCAAAAUGCAUGAUCUUGUGCUUGAUUUUGUUUUAGGUAGAGUUUCUAAGGGUGACCAUCCAUGGGUAAUUAAUCAUGGUGAUAAUUUAGAGUGGAGUAGUGCUGAAAUGAGCGAGUCUUGCAAAAGAAUCUUUAUUACUUGCACGGGUAUGUCUGAGUUUCCUAGUGACUCUAAGUACCCAAACCUUGCACUUUUGAGACUUAUGCAUGGAGAUAAGUCGCUUAAGUUUCCUGAAGAUUUUUCUAAAAAAAAGGAAAAUCUUGAAGUUAUAGUGUAUGAAAAUAUGCAGUAUCCGUUGCUCCCUGGAUCACUUCAAUGCUCCAACAAGCUUCGGAUACUUGUUUUCCAUCGAUGUCCAUUGAUGUUUGAUUUCUCUGUGUAA